GAACAGUGAUAGUCACAGUGUCUUUUCUUCUUGAUCUUCAGGCUUGGAGACUUCCUGUGAUGCUAGACAGAAUGGAUCUCAGUGUUAUGGAGCUCUGGGAGGAACUGUCUAUCUCCAGCUGGUGACUGAUGCCACGAGAUAUGAUGUACUCUCAUUUUAUAAAGGCCCAACUGGUGUUAAUACAGAGAUACUCAAAAUGAAGAAGGACAUACUGGUAAUAAGAGACAACCCCAUUAAAGACAGAGUACACUUCUUUAUAAACAAUGGAACAUUUAGGUUAAAUAACACAAGAAGUACAGAUUCUGGUGAAUACCGGCUAGAAACAUUUAAUUCAGAAGGGAAAUCAUUAUGGACCAGAGGACUACAACUGUUCAUCGAAGCUCCAGUGUCCAGUCCUCAGCUGUCCUCUGAGUGUCUGUCCCAUGGAGAGAUGAGGGUGUCCUGUUCCUCUGAGGGGGAUGGUCCCCAGUACAGCUGGACUCUGGAUGGACAGACACUGAGAGACACUGAGACCUCUCCUGGUGAUGAGACAAACACCAUCACUCUGAAGAAAGGCCUGUCAGGAGAUCUCACCUGUACCGUCAGAAACCACAUCAGCAGUGAUACUGUCAGCAGGAGAAUCUCAUACUGUCCAGGGCUGAUAUAUGUUACCUUCACCUUAUCCAAUGGAACAAAGGUAUCAGAGUGGGUGAAUGCCACUGGUAAUACCCUGUGUAUUGAGUCUUCAACAAUGGCGACUGUGACUGAGGCUCCCAUCUGUAAAACCUCCACUGGACCAGGAGUCAGUGUGUUUGUUUAUUUCCAACUUGCUGAAGUAUUCAUUCUUCUGGCAGUCUGUCUGGGAUCAUACUGUUUAUACAAGACGAAAACUUGUCCUCAAGAAAAAGAUGAUGGUGAGUAAGCAGAGUGUUUGCAGUCUCUCAGGUGGAUAACGGUGGGACUCAAAAGGGGUGUUGAUAUCAUGAAAGUUGCCAUGGGGACCAUAACUAAUGACUAAUGAUGAUGUUAUACUGCUUAUUGUUGUUUUAAUUUUACUCAAGCUCUAACUCAAAGCACAGUAAUGUAUUUAGUUCUUUUGACAUACAUUUUCAUAGUUUCAUAAUGUUCCUUCAGACCUGCCCUUAACAGAGCAAUAAUGAAUGAUCUAUGUGAUCGUGCAAAUUUUGUGGAUUUUAACACUUGAAUUGUAGUGUUCUAGUGGUUUUUCAUUUGUACAUACAGUUACAUAAACUAAUGAAAAUGCUA